AUGAUCGCCCUCAUCAUCAUCGCCUGUAUCACCACAGCCUCCGCUACAAACCUUACCAAAGACACCACUACAGAAUCACCGAACAAUGCCACCAAAGAGAUUCUUAAAGCCAGCGAAACUGCUGACCCGAAAAAAGUUGAAAUAGUUAAACAAAUUAGACGGCUGAAUGAAGACGGAUCAUACACAAUAGGGUAUGAAGCUGAUGAUGGAACGUUCAAGAUUGAAAAUAGAGACGCCCUCGGCCAUGUCAAGGGCACUUUCGGGUACAUUGACCAGGAUGGUGAAGUGAAACGAGUGACGUAUUCCUCUUCGAGUGAUAGCACACCAGUUCCAGUGAAAACUAGCACUACGACAAGUCCUGCAACCAUGAUUGUUAGAGUGAAUAAAACAGUGUCUUCAACUACCAGACGACCGUCACCUACAGUCGUGUACCCAACUCGAGGUUCGUAUACAACAAGAGGAACAGUCAUUCAAGCAAUACCAAGAAGAAGAGUUCACUCCAGUUCGAGAGCGCCGCAUCUGGAAUCUACUACUGUAACCCAAAAACCUGAAGAAACGACAAGUAAUAUUUUGAAUUUAUAUAAAACCAAAGUGGAUGAUGUUAAAACGCGUACUCAAAUGUUAAAACCGAUCUCGGCUAUGGUCAAAGACGAUUUGAUUGCUAGACAAACCACGACCAAAAUACCUGUGACAGUGAAACCAGUCUACGAACACGUCUCUGAGAAUGAUCAAGAUAGUGAUGCGAAUAGAGCCAACACAAUACGUCGAGAGCUACCUGGUACCAGUCCUAACCCUCGCAUGGUUAGUCUACAGCAAUCAGCGGGCGAUGAUUCCACGGACGUUUAUGGAAGCCAUCUAUCUAUGGGAACUGUUCGCCCCUUAUUUACUACGACAACACCUCGACCAAGAUUAGUGCCCAUUCAUUCUUUAGUGGCAGCCAGGCAAAAAAUCCAGCAACAAUAUCAGGAUGUGCCUUUCCAAGAGCAGGAAACUACUAUCGAAGCUAGUACUGGUCGUGUGUUCGACCAAGACAGCGUGGUGACUACUAACCCAGUGCCAAUUGUUCACAUCCAGCCACAGAGGGAGCCUGAUGAGCGGGUUUAUCAGCAGCCCAUAUACAGGAGGCCACCAGCAGCAAUUCACUUCAGGACUCAUGAAUACUUAAAGGAUAAUCCUGGUGCUGCCGUUCCUAUAGGAAACCAACGGCCCUACCAUCAAUAUGACUAUCAAAACAAGGUGUUGGAGCCGCAAUAUGUAAAGGAACCAUUGCAGCAAAUACCCAAAGCUGCAGAAGCAAAUAAUGAACCGUAUGAAGUAAGACCAGUUUCAAGGGUCAUACCAAUACCUGUAGAUGAAAGAGGAAUCCCUCUCCAAGGAUACCAGGGAAGAUUCGUGAACCCGUACAGACCACAACCUCAGGCUCCGUUGUUCCAUCCAAGGUACAACAAUCCAGUAGAUGAGAUGUCUUCAAUUGCUGCUCCUAUGCUGAUACUGGCGAUCAGUCCUGACUUCGCUCCCACGACGGCACCGCCCACUGAGUUGACAACCGCUGCUCCUCCGAGGAAGCAGGUGAGGAAUGUCCAGAUCCUUGGCGUAGAGGGCUCACAGCACCCCAUGGAUGAGAAACAUCAUUGA